CUUCCACCAAAUACACCCUAACGAGAGUGUGAGAAUCAGCAGCGGCGUUCUAAAUUAAAGCACCGAGAUUACGUCGUUUUUACACCGUCUCAGUUUCGGUUAUUACGCGCGUAGUCACAUUCCGUUUGGGAGCGCGUGAAGUUUCCAUAUUAACCACACCUACAAGUAAAUAACAAUGACCAAAAAAUGAAGAAAAUUGAUCGGCUACCUACCUAAAAUUCUCAAGUAUUAGCAGCGGGUGGUACAAAUAUUGAAGACGAGUUCCACUUUCAAUUACUGAACAAAAACAGAGCCCACGCUGAAACCCAGCUCUAUCGAAUCAAGCACGUUUUCUCAAUCUUCAAUUCAUGGAGGAAAUGAUAAUAGGGCCCCGUUUGUAUUGUUGCUGUAAUUGUAGAAACCAUGUCUCACUUCAUGAUGACAUCAUUUCCAAGGCUUUUCAGGGGAAAAAUGGCCGAGCCUUUCUGUUUUCCCAUGCAAUGAAUGUUGUCACUGGACCAAAAGAAGACAGGCAUCUCUUGACUGGUCUCCACACUGUUGCUGAUGUUUACUGCGGUGAUUGCCGGGAAGUGCUGGGUUGGAAAUACGAAAGAGCUUACGAGGCAUCUCAGAAGUACAAGGAAGGAAAAUUCAUCCUCGAAAAGUCGAAAAUUGUUAAGGAGAACUGGUAGCAUUCCCUUCUGCAACUCUGAUCCCCAAUCCAUUCAUUCCAGUUAUGAUGUAGAUUUAUUCAUGCUUUGGGAUGUGCCUAUGUACAGGAAGUACUCACUUUUACCCAUUUAAAAAUUUGUCAUUGCUUAUCCAACUUCAUUAUGUUUCUUCAUGUUGUUACCAGAAGUGAAAUUGUAAUAUAAACUGUUUAUACCUUGUUAAUAAAAUCGUGUAUUCAUUUUCUGGUCUA